ACUGGCUCAGGAAAAUCCUACAGUAUUAUGGGUCAAGGCAAAGAUGUUGGGGUUCUUCCAAGAUUCUGUGAGGAACUCUUURAAAGAAUCAAAAUAUGGCCAGAGGACAAAUUUACUGUUGAAAUUAGCUACUUUGAGAUCUAUAAUGAAAAAAUUCAUGACCUCUUGGUAUCCACAAAGGGUAAAGAUAAAGAGUCCAAGAAACAGCUGAGAGUCCGUGAGCACCCUGUCAUGGGACCCUUUGUACAAGACCUAUCUACAAAUGAUAGUGCUUCUGUUAUUUUGUUCUUAACAUUACACAAAUAUGCGCAAAGAGCGCGAACGAUAGUGAACCGAGCUGUAAUCAACGAAGAUCCAAACGCGAAAAUCAUCCGAGAACUGAGAGCCGAAAUUGAUCGCCUCCAUCAAAUGCAUGCUACCAAUUCACCAGAGGACAAUAGAAAUGCCUUGACAGAAAUCCAGCUUCUUCGAGAAAAACUAAUGGAAUCGCAACGACUCCUGGUCGAGUCCACAAGGAACUGGCAAGAGAAGUUUGCGUUAUCUGAACGAAGGAAACUUGAGGAAGCAGAAAAUCUUAAGAAAGCCGGCAUUAGCUUCAAAGUGGACAACAAGCUUCCAAACCUUGUCAACCUCAACGAAGAUCCUCAGUUGUCUGAAAUGUUGCUGUACAUUCUCAAACCAGGAACAACAACAGUUGGUCACCAAGACAACCAAGACAUUCAACUUAAUGGUGCCCUGGUGGCAGAAUCACAUUGUAUGAUCAAGAAUACAGGACUACAAGUCCAAGUUACGCCUUUAGCGGAUGCACCAACGUACAUUAAUGGCCAACAGAUAUUGGAAGAAUCAGAACUUCAUCAUGGUGAUCGACUGGUCAUUGGUGGAGAUCACUUUUUCAGACUUAAUCAUCCAAUUGAAAGUAAGAGAAGAAAAGAGCAAAUUCGCGCCGGUCAAACUACUGAAGUUGGAUCAAACGACAUCGCCGCCGUUAAGGACUUCGAGUUUGCAAGAAAUGAACUUGCUCAAGUGCAGAACGACAGACUUCAAGCUGAACUAGAAGAAGCAAGGGAAGAGGCGAGGGAAGAGGCCAGGCUGCAAGCUCAACAGGAAAUCAUGAAACAGAUACAGAAGGAAAAAGAAGCAGCAGCUGAAGAGCUUAUGCGUCAAAAAUCCGAGUACGAACGACGAAACGACGAACUUCAAAGAAAACUUGACGAACUAAAUCAAAAGAAAGAAGACGCGGAAAAGUCCAACCAAUCAAAGGAAGACGUGAUAUCUGAACUGCAGGCACACAGACAGAUGUUGGAGCAAGAAAUUCUGGGUAAUCGAAAGAAACUUCAAAUGGAAGCCCUCGCGGCUAAACAGGCCCUCGAAGAAACAAAACUUAAUCAAAUACGAAUCAUGUCUGAACUCGAGAAAGAAAAGAAAAAGAUGCAGGAAGAUGUGUUGAAGCUAAAAGAAGCGAAGGUAUCAAACAUAUUUGGUUUAUAUAAGCCUUGA